AAUACAUUUUCAAGAAAAGCUAGACAUCGUGAGGAGGUCGGCCAACCCUGAAGCUAGCUAGUGUCUCUCAGUCUGGGAAAGGGUUUGCUCUCCACUUCCAGACCAGAGAAUACGAGCGAAACCACGGGUUUACGGCCUCUGAGGAGCGGUGCAAAUUACGAGUCUGCAUCUUUGGAUGUAUAAGUCAUCAUAAGAGGAGCCAUGUGGCAGGAUCUGUCUGAGGACAUCAUUGAUGCCAGAGUCACAUACUUUUCAGGCCACAAAGGAGAGGUAAACUGUUGCGCGUUCUCACCUGACUGUCAGCUCGUGCUCACAUGCUCAGAUGAUGGCUGCCUUUACCUGUGGAAAGCAUCUAAUGGCAAGCUCAUGGCCAAAAUACGUGGUCAUACAGGGCCAGUGAAAUGCUGCACUUUUUCCAAGGAUGGCUGUUUGUUCGCAAGUGUAUCACACGAUUGUACCGCUCGUGUCUGGCGCACAUCCCCCAUCCAGUGCAUUCACAUUUUGACAGGUCACUUGCGAAGUGUUGAGACGGUGGCUUUCAGUCCUGAUGGCCGAAACCUUGUAUCAGGGGGGUGGGACAACACUGUACUUCUCUGGGACAUCCAGACUGGGCUCAAAGUGAGACAGUUUAAUGGUCACAGUGCUGCUGUUCAGAGCAGUGCAAUCUCCACAGAUUCACAGUACCUGGCGACAGGCUCAUGGGAUCACAGUGUGAAAGUAUGGAGUCUCAGUAACGAUAAAGAGGUUGUGACCUUAACAGGACAUUCAGGAAAUGUGUCCUGCCUCUGCUUCUCCACAACGGGGAUGUUGGCAUCCGGGUCAUGGGAUGGAUCAGUGCGCGUGUGGUCACUGCAAAGACACGAGUGUGUGUUCGUGCUGGCUGUGGGUGAGCGCGUGUGGGUGAGAUGUGUGACUUUCUGUGAAAACGGCACAUUAUUAGCAACCACUGCUGAAGGAGAAAAGGUUAAAAUCUGGGACAUGGCAGAUGGCAAGUGUAUAAAAUGUUUAUAUGGGCAUAAGGAUUCAGCAUACGGGUGUGUAUUUACCCCUAGCGGGGCCCUUAUCACUAGUGGCUCUGACCUGCUAGACCUGGGUGAAGAGGAGGACAGUGAUGAUGAGGAUAAAAACAAGAAGCGACUUGAAAGACACAACAAACUAAAGGUUACACACUGUAAACUAAUUUGGAAAGUAGGAAGCUGACAACAUUACUGUAUAACCAGUUAUAUUUUUUGUA